CAGUUGCUCAUCACACUCCGACUAGCACGGAACAAAAAAUUUUGUUUAGUUUUAGAGCUUCGGUUUGGUUUUCGGGUUUCAGUGACUUUUCUCACAAAAUUAAAAAAUUCGUUUUUUUUUAAUAUUUUACGGAUCGAAAAUGUGCUACCCUUGUGGAUCCUGCGGACCCUGUAGAUCAUGCGGUCCCUGUGGAACAACUUGUCCGUGCUGUGGCCCGCACAGUCCCCCAUGCGGAGCUCCCUCGCCCAUUCCAUGCUCUCCGGCGCCGGGCUGUUGCUGUCCCCCGUUGCCCGAGGGCGGCAUACCCGAUCCACGGGUCUGGAACUAUUGGAACACCCCGCUAACCUAUCCAUGUGGCUUCUAGGAUCGGACUAGCGCUCACCCUGGUCUAGGAGUGGCUAGGACGGAGCACACACUCUUCGAUAAAACACUCCAUCCCUGGUCCUCGACCAUUCCAAGCUUUAAUCAAAACAAAAAAGCAGUUUGUUAUUCCAAUGACACGGACAUGUUGGCGAAGUAUUUGUUGGGCACAUUUCUGGUGGUAACUAAAUUGGAAGCAAGUUGAAUCCCAGUGGCACCACUCGUCAGAGGUCCGUCAAAGAAAGAAGAACGUCGACGGAGAGGAGAACGCUGCGCGGGCCUCGUGGAUGAAGCGAAGAUGCCCCAUUUGAGUGUCAUUCCAGUCAACAGCUUUCUCUACUUUUGGCCGAAAGCUUCCCAAUUUUGGCAGAAUCCCUUUGUCGAGUGUGGCCACUUUUUUGGCAAUAAAUGCACCUUAGAAUAUUCAUAUUA